AUGCAGCAUCAGCCCUCACCCGUCGACCGACUUCCGGUUGAAGUCAUCAGCAACUGUCUUCUUCUCAGUCUCGGCGAUCGUGUUCCUGCUCUAAAGUCACGCGAGGCUCCUCUCCUGUUCCUCAAGGUCUCUAAGCGAUGGCGCGACAUCACUCUGUCCACGCCCCGUCUUUGGUCUCGCGUUUUGGUAGUCGCUGAUAAUAUCGCCCCGGACAACCUCGAGAAAGCCUUCUCGGCGUUCGAUGCUUGGCUUUCUCGCUCAGGGGCCCUACCUCUAUCGUGCUACGUCAAGGACUACCGUACAGAGAACCUCAGUCGGGACAGAUUAUACGGCAUCGUUCUCCGCUAUGCGCAUCGACUCCGUGACUUUCACUUCAACUGCACCUACACACCAAUAUUUUCCUCGGCCAUGCCUCUCUUUCCCAUCCUGCGGUCUGCGUCUUUGAUAUUUCCCAAUUAUGUUGCCUACACAGGGCAAGACCACACAGCAUUCGCGAGGACUCUGGAGAACGCACCGAAACUCGAUUCACUCGCACUAGACGUAACCCGCUUCGACGACUGUCCUGACACCUACCGCCAGAGAGUGUCCAAACUGCGCAUCGUGGACACCACAUAUUGGGAGGUCAAACUGAACGCUAGCAGAACCGCGUUUGCGCUUUGUGAAUUCCCGAACUUGAAGGUUCUCGCGAUUGAUUCGUCCGGAGGCCCGCCCUGGGAUGAGAAAGUAAACGACUUCUGGCCCAACCCCACUAUUGAACUCCCCCAUCUUUCUAGGCUUCACAUCCGCGCCGAAGACUCAAUAUUCUAUUCUACCGUGCUCCCUAAUAUUCUCUCGCCGGCCCUGGAGGCUGUUUCGAUCGACGCCCCGUUGGGUGGUAGAGAUUCUCGUAAUGCGCUAGUCCGACACUUUUCUUUGCACACUGCGACCCUCAAGUCCCUCGCGUACCAUUUCACUUAUCCGCUAUCCGAGCUUCGAGGCCGGACCCGUGACGUAGACUCUGACGAUGAGCAGCAGAUGCUGGAUAACCCCAAAGCCCACUAUCAGCCACAGUACGAACGGUUCAACGACAUUUGGUCCAGCGCAUCCAGCAUCGAAUCUUUCACCCUCUGCGAUCAUACCGACUGUUCGAUAUCAUUCCUCGAGUGUCUCAUGACUCUCAUCGUGCGGUUCGAUCCCAAAGAUCCACUUCGUGUUAACGAGCGGUGGAUUCCGACGCGAAGGAUGUGGGAUUUUACAAUCCAGAUCCGACCCAUCCCCUCCGAGUGGUACCUUCAACGAUUCGCGACCAUCCUUCAUAACAUUCUGUCGUCAAGGGCCCAGCUUCGAUGGAUGGCGUCGGUGGGGAUGUUGCCGCAGAGUAUAUUGGGUCCAGACUUGGACUCGCUUCGUCGUCGAGCCAAACUACGGAUCGUGUUCAUCGUCCAACCACACGACCUCUCAAGAUACGUCGAGAUAAACAGCCUCACCGCGUCGAAUGCUCGUGGUGUUCCCGACUCCGUCGAUCCAUACGAAUGUAUCGACCACUGCACCGCCGUUAUCAAAGACAAGCUGCAAGAGUUCGUUUCGCCGUCGCGCCCGGACUGCGUUAAUCGGGACGAGUGUUUGGAUUUGGGGUUUGAGGUUAUGGAGGAGGAGGGACAUAUGUACUGUGGGGAGGAUGAGAUGGAGGAGCCGUACGACACGAGAUUCAAUACACUGCUUCACUAUAACAGUUCUGGUUCUGAGAAGUGCAUGUCUUCCCACGUCGACCGAGUCCCCGUCGAACUUCUGGCUAGAUGUUUUUUGCUUUCUACGGAAGGUUCAGUACCCACUCUUAGCCUCCGGGAGCCCCCCCUUCUCUUGCUUCUGGUCUGCCGUCGAUGGCGCGACAUUGCUCUCACUACGCCACGUCUUUGGUCCAAGGUCUUAGCGGAGAUCGAUACGAGCAUGUGCGACAAGGAAUUAACUGUGUCCACGUUCAAGGCAUCGCUCUCGCGGUCAAAGUCUCUGCCUCUCGAUAUUUUCAUCAAGGAACUCGAUAACCGUUAUUGCCACAGAAGCAGCAGCGAAAUAAUCUUUCCGACUGUCCUCGACCAAGCGUCUCGACUCCACGAGCUACAUCUCAACGUCGUCAACAUACCCACGAUUCCCGAUGGCCUGCCUCUUUUUCCUGCCUUGAGGAAGGCAACACUGCUCAUUGGUGAAGGGGUCAACUAUAGUGCACUUGCUGACCUCCAUAGGCUACUAGAGAAAGCGCCAGUUCUCGAUUCGCUAACCAUCCCCUCCCUAAUGGUGGAGGACCAGUUUUCAGAAGCUUUCUACCAGCAGUUGGUAAAGCUUCGGGUCGUGAGCGCGCCUUGGUAUUCAUUCGUCGAUACGGAGCUAGUAUUGGAGGGUCUUGCCGGUUUCUCAAAUUUGAAAGUCCUUGCAAUCGACUCCAUGCGUAAUCAUCGUUUUAUAGAAGAUAAGGGCUUGUUCACUGCGUCUAUCGAGCUUCCCCAUCUCCUCUAUCUUUCCGUUCGUGCCGACGAUACCCGAUUAUUCCCUGCCAUACUCCGCAGUAUUUCCUCACCUGUUCUCGAGUCUGUUUCACUCGACGUACCAUUCUGCCAGACGGACGCGGGUCACGCAUUCCAUGCUAUCAAUCGCCUCUUCGAGACUCACUCUUCCACCAUCAAGUCACUCGCAUACCAUGUCACGUUCGCGAUGAACGAACAUCUGGCACGGGGAAUGCACAUAGUAGAGCGCAGUUAUAAGGCGUAUGUCCUAAAUGACCCCAGACGCUAUGAUGCACAAACUUCGAUGUAUCGAGAGCUCUGGUCGAACGCACGAAACGUCGAGUCCCUCGUUCUCUGUGAUCAUACAGAAUGCUCCAUCACCUGGCUCGAGUGUCUCUGCACUUUCAUCGUGAGGUUCGAUGAGGAUAAUCCUCUUUUUGUCGUCGACUCUACCAGUCACAUGCACCAGCUACGAGACCUUACGAUCCAGAUACGACCCAUCGCAUCGGAGUGGUACUUUGACAGGUUCGUGACUAUCCUCUACAACAUUGUGGCGUCGAGGAUUCGACUUCGACAGACGACGACAUUUGGGAACGCAUCAAGCUCUAUUCCGGAUUCCGAUCGCCAUUGCUUCAAACUGCGAGUAGUCUUCAUAAUCGAUCCACCUCUUUCGUCCAUAUUCAUCCAGGACAAAACGGAUACCGCCUCCAAUGUGCCGCUUCCCGAACUGUUUAGCCCUCGAGCGUGCAUCGAUCACUGUAUAUCCAUCAUUCGCGACAAAUUGCAAGUCUUCGUCUCACCGGCCAAAUUCCAGCAUGAACAACUCGACUCGAACCGCUCUGGGAACCUGGAUCUGUCGUUCGAUGUCUUGCAGGAGGAGAAGGAUAUGUAUUGCGAAGACAGUUUCGACGUGCCGUAUGACGCUCGGUUCGUCCCCAAGAGGGAGCUGUCUUAUAUUCUACCUAUCCCGUCGAAUGAAAUAUCCUACCAAUUGGGUUUGCAGUGCAAUAUGAGAGGUGGAAGCGAUCAGCCUGAACUUGUGACGCGGACACAAGAUGAAAAUCAAAGUUUGAAUUUCGCGACGCUGUUCGUUCGUGCGACGUGCACCCACUCCCUGUCCAACGAUAUAGUCACCAGAGGGCAGCUCAGCACACAGACAGAGGAUAUCGCUUUUCCAACUCUGUGUACACCAGCCUGCGCCAGCUACUACCUAGGCCGUCAACCCUCCGAAUUCCACCGUGUCCCCGCUGAAAUCAUCGCAAAUAGCUUUCUACUUGUCCUCCGCGACCGGAUACCAGCAAUGAGUCUGGACGAACCACCUCUCCUCUUUCUUGUGGUUUGUCGUCGAUGGCGCGACAUAGCUCUAUCCACGCCCCGUCUGUGGUCUCGCAUUCUCGUACAAGCCGAUAAAAUCACGCCCAAUGGCCUGAACACAGCUCUCUCUGCAUUCGCAGCUUGGCUCCCUCGAUCAGAACCUGUGCCUGUAUCUUGCUACAUUAUGCAGCCAGAGUGGCAACCGCAACGUGAAACCAAACUCCUCGCUAUUAUAUUUGAAAACGCACCUAAAUUCCUCGAGCUACACUUCGACAUCUCUCUUUCACCUAGCCUCCUCCUUGACGCGACGCUGUUCACCCGUCUGCGAAGUAUAUCGCUACUCUGUGAUUCCCGCGACUCAUACGGUUAUGUCGGUUACGAGGAACUUCUGGACCAUACUCCCAGUCUUGAAUCACUCGCAAUCGAAUGUAUCGGGCUUGAGGCCUGCCGGAACAUCGACCUGCCACAGCAUCUUACACGACUCCGCAUUGUAGAGAUUCCGCACAAGUUUAACCACGAACACGUCACCCGUAUUCGGAGUUCUCUUCCCAAAUGCUUGAACCUACAGGCCCUCGCGAUUGACUGCAUGUACGGAAGUGGGUUUCCUCCCGGAGACGAUACGGACUCAUUCUGCGAAGAGCUCGAACUUCCCCGUCUUACCAGUCUCUCUAUUCGCACCGACGACACCCGGCACUUCCCUGCAAUAUUGCGCGGUCUACUUUGCCCCGUCCUCAAGACUAUUUCAUUGGACGUUCCGAUUGGCGACGAGAUAGGCGAACGUGCGAUUGUAUUCUUCCUGAAAUUCAACCCAUCGAUCCAGACCCUUACAAACCACAAGACCUUCACAUUCGACGAGCGUAGGGUUCGCGAGGGUUAUUAUUGUAGUAGCCUCGUCUCGGACGAUCCCAGGAGCCACUACACGGCCCAAUUCAAGUUGCACCAUCGUAUGUGGCGCGCCGCUCCCAAUGUCGAAUCACUCACACUUUGCGAUCAUACCGAAUGCUCCUUGUCAUGGUUGGAUUGUAUCAUCGCUCUGGGUAUCACGUUCAGAGACGACGACACUCUUCACGAACGAAUCAAUCACAUGUUGAGACUUCGGGAAGUUACCUUACAAUUGAGGCCCAUCGCAUCAGAGUGGUACCUGGAACGAUUUGCAGUCGUCCUCUAUCAUGUCGUAUCCUCCCGAGCUCGCCUUCGCCGGAUGUCCCUCACCGAUCCCGUGUCAAACCCGUACUCAGACAUCCUGCCUCAUCGACUUACUCUGCGUAUCGUCUUCAUCGUCGAGCCAGCCGAAGCCUGUAACCUUACCGAAGAUACACCGGAUAUGACGUCGAAGGCUCCGCAAUCCACACUCCCUAACCCCCGAGAAUGCAUCGACCACUGUAUAUCUGUCAUCUGUGAGAAGCUGAAAAACUUCGUCCUACCGUCAACACACGCUUCGCUCGACCACUCCACUUACCUAGACUUGACACUCGAUGUAUUGCAGAAGGAGAUGGAUAUGUAUUGCGGAGACGAGUUUGAUGCCCCCUACGAUCCUCGAUUCAUGGCUAGGAGGUUAACAGAUGAUCGCGAGACUGAGCCACCCUAUUGGUUGAUUUGA